UGCGCGCACACCGGGCGAUCGCUUAUCAGUCGCUCACGGGGGACAUACACUCUCGAGACCGCGCCGUUACGACAUCUACCCGUUACCGUAGUUUAUUCGAUUUCCCGCGAUAAUAUUCGGGUAUGGGCCGGACGGGGGUUCGCUAGUGCCCCGCGGUGGAGUGCGGAUACUCGCCGGCCGCUUGGCCGCUGGACCUAGAGCCUGUGGUCGCGUGGGGUCGCAAGUUGUACGCUCCCCCGAGGCCGAUGUUCGGCUUGCACCAUCACCAUCAGGACCCCGCGGCGGGUCUCCACCACCAUCACCAUCACCACCACCAGCCACGGGGGCCAGUCACGGGUCUCAAGGAGGAACCGUUGUCUACGAGUCAGCUGGCCGCGGCGAGGGCAUGGAUGCAACCAGGAGUCGUCGACCAGACCAGUACGGGGGUUGGUCGAGCCCACUUCGAGAAGCAGCCGCCCAGCAACCUCCGAAAAUCCAACUUUUUCCACUUUGUGAUCGCUCUCUACGACAGGGCGGGGCAGCCCAUCGAGAUCGAGAGGACAGCGUUCAUUGGCUUCAUAGAGAAGGACCAGGAAGCUGAGUCUCAAAAAACGAACAAUGGUAUCCAGUACAGGCUGCAACUACUGUAUGCUAGUGGAGUUCGACAGGAACAGGACAUAUUCGUCCGCCUCAUCGACUCUGUCACCAAACAGGCUAUCGUGUACGAAGGCCAGGACAAGAACCCGGAGAUGUGUCGAGUGCUGCUGACCCAUGAGGUCAUGUGCAGUCGGUGUUGUGACAAGAAAAGCUGUGGUAACCGCAACGAGACGCCGUCUGACCCUGUUAUCAUCGAUAGGUUUUUCCUCAAGUUUUUCCUGAAAUGCAAUCAAAACUGUUUGAAGAACGCUGGCAAUCCAAGGGAUAUGAGAAGGUUUCAGGUGGUGAUAUCCACGCAGAUCAGUGUGGAGGGACCUCUCCUUGCCGUGUCUGACAAUAUGUUCGUCCACAACAACUCCAAACAUGGCAGAAGAGCGAAGAGGCUCGACCCUUCGGAUGGACUGUACCCUCCGCUGCCUGUCGCUACCCCUUGUAUCAAGGCCAUCAGCCCCAGUGAGGGCUGGACCAGUGGAGGAUCCACCGUCAUCAUCAUUGGUGACAACUUCUUCGACGGCCUUCAGGUUGUCUUCGGCACCAUGCUGGUCUGGAGUGAGUUGAUAACGUCCCACGCCAUCAGGGUACAGACACCCCCCAGACACAUCCCUGGGGUUGUAGAAGUCACCCUCUCUUACAAGUCCAAGCAGUUCUGCAAGGGAGCGCCUGGUCGCUUCGUCUACGUAUCGCUCAACGAGCCUACGAUAGACUAUGGGUUCCAGAGGCUUCAGAAGCUCAUCCCCAGACAUCCCGGCGACCCGGAGAAGUUACCCAAGGAGAUAAUCCUGAAGAGAGCGGCGGACCUAGCUGAGGCGUUGUACAGCAUGCCUCGCAACAACCAGCUGGGGCUGUCGGGGCCUCGGUCUCCGGGUACCAUGGCCAACAACACCAUGGGCUCAGGGUUCAACACGUACACUGGCCAGCUGGCCGUCAGUGUGCAGGAGAACGGCUCGGGCCAGUGGACCGAGGAAGACUACGGACGUGCCCAGAGCAGUAGCGUGUCGCCCAGGGGAGGUGGCUACGGGUCCAGCGCGUCCACACCUCACUCGUCCAACGGGGGCAGCUACAACACGGGGUCAGGGGUCAACGGGGGCAGCUACACGACGCCCGGCAACACGCCGGCCACACAGCUGACCAACAUGGGCUCUCCCGCCGGCGGCCUCUUCAACUCCUCCUCUAGAGUCGGUAGCUUGGUAAGUUCGCCCUUCGCUACGAUGAACCCUUUCGCUCUUCCCACCUGUAACUCCCAGAACUACGGGUCAAGUCCUCUCAUUGGCGCGUCCAAGUAACCCUAGAGCUACCUGCCAGGGUACUUCCAGCUGUAGAGGGCCCUGGACAGUGAGUGAAAAUAUCAGUGAUGAUGUGGACAGCUGUUACAAUCUUAAUACACCAUAUCCUCAAAGGAACACUUGAAGUGCUGCCUAUGUACUUUUUAUACGAUCCGUCUUAUAAGCCGGAGAUAGUCAAACUUUCAGUACAAUUUUCUACAGAAAGCUAGAGAUUAUAGCAAUCAUAAAAAUUAAGUUUUUCUACUCAGACGCUUUAAUAUAAUUUAUUGUAUAUAAAACCACGAUGGGUUAUCCUAAUAUUGAAAUUUAGGAUCUCAUACUUUGACAUUGGAUCUCAUUAAUUUAAGUUCUUUACUAAAUGGUUUGAUCAUAUUGAACUUGUUACCUGAUUAAUGUAUGUCUGUAUAUUGUAAAUAUUGUAAAUAAAAAGUAUUCAAAUAGUUAUUUAGCUAUGAGAUCUUGGU